UCUACCACCACCACCAUGUCGUUGCGCGCCAUCCCCUGUUAUCGCUGCGUCAAGAAGGAGCUGGAGUGCGUGGACCAGCCGGUGACGAAAACCAACGCGUCGUCGUGCGUUGAAUGCGUGGACGCCAAGGCCGCCUGCGACUGGCCCGGAAAGCCUCCGAAGGCCAAAAGGGUCGUAAGACCAAAAGGCGAAGCUGGCCUAUCAAAAGAGCAUCGCGAGUUGCUCGAGCGGAGCCGCUCCGAGCUCAAAGCGAGCCAGGAGAAGACGGAGAUGCUCACCCAACUGGCGAACGAGCAGGGGCAGCAUCUCAUUACGCUGUCGAAGGCGCUCCACGAGCUGAGAGCGAGAGUGGCCCGUGGAGACAUUGGGUCGGAGUCGCCGGAGCCGGAAGGACAGGAGGGCGAAGGGAGUGGGCUGAGGGAGGAGUCGCCAGAGGCGGAAAGUCCUCAGGCCGCCAACGAGCGCGCCUAUAAGGAGGAGCUCCGCCGUCUGGUUGACGAGAUGGAGGCAGACGCGGCGAGGGAGAGGGCGCGAAAGCGUCAGCGGGCGGAGACUCCGGUCGUCGAGUCGAGCGACGACGACGAGGUCGAGCAACCGUUGCCGUCGUUCAUCGACGACGAGGCGGAGGAGUCCGUGGAUGGGGGCUCGAAGGAGUCGUCGGAGGAGGAGGAGGAGGAGUCCGAAGUGGACAAAAAGGCAAGGGGAAGCAGCGAGCGGAAAGCUCACCUGGAGAAGGUCCGGGCCCGUCGUGCCCCUGCGACGAUAGCGGUGCCCAACUGGGUGCCACCAGUCAUCCGGAUCCCCGAUCCGCUCGACAUCGCCGAGUCACGGCGGCUUUCGGAGUGGGAACGGGCGGAGCGGAAGCGCGAGAAGAGGCGUAAGCAAACCGCCAGGAAGAACGAGCGCCGACGGGAGAACAAGAAGAAGGGAAAGGAGCAGGAGAAGGCUCAGGAGAAGAAGACCGGGCCUAGCAAGAAGAAGUAG